UAGGGCACGCAUUCGAAUACGAUUUUCUGCGGUAGGAUACCUGUCGUAGGCGCGUAUCGAGGCGUUCUUAGCUCUAAGGAGUUCCCUAAUAUCGUCGGACAAAUUUGAAGCGGUGAAGGAAGUCCUCCGCUACAACUUGUUUCGAUGACCUAUCUAAUGUCGAGGUGAUGUGUGACGUUAAGAUGUCUAUGGCUUCAGCGGUAUCCUGAGGAGACGGGGUAGAGUCCGAGUUAAACGGGAGCGAUGGUGGAUCAGAUUCAGCCAGGCUGAUGCCCAGCGUGUGCCAAUCCACCACAGUCCUCGUGACGGGAACGGAGUCGGGAGCGCGACCGAGCUUCAUAACGACGGGACGGUGGUCUGAAUCUAACUCUGAAACUACUUCGAUCGAGUGUAAGCGCAGAGUUACGUUUUUUAAUAACGCUAUGUCGAGUAUAUCCGGGCGAUGCGCGAUAUUUAGCGGGUAGUGAGUCGGGGUUAGCGGAGCGACGAUAUCGAAGGCGAGAUCAUCGACUAACGCGUCAAGCCGCCUGCCAUUCGGGGUUGUGGUGUGUGAGUUCCACCUGAUGUGUUUACAAUUUAGGUCGCCCGCCAGAAUGACAGAGCUCCCCAUACCGAGCAGCGCCUCGAUAUCACUGCUUAGAACGAUCUUAUCCGGUGGAAUUUCAAUAACUCUAAAAGGGCCAUCGUAAGGCGGUUUAAGCGACUUAUGAACUGCAUCGUCUCGAACGAAAACAAAACUACAUUUAUGUAGAUAUGGAUGUACAAAAAUUGAUCGCGAGGUUUGGUUUUCUCUUACUGGAUGAAAGCUUUUAAUAUUUUUUUGUAUUUUGUUUACUAAGCUAAGUGGCUCGCAUAAAUUUUCCUCCUUACUGAUAUCGUAAAAAUCUCCAGGUAAACGUAUAUUUUUAGCACAGUUAACCUAGAACUGUGCUGCACUGACUCCACUAUCACUGCGCACGGACGCGCGUAAACCAAACAUUGCCGUAGAUAAUUCGUCUACCCAUGAAGUAUCAUUUAGCCUUGUCAUCAGUGCCACCUUUAAUGACCGGUGCCAUCGUUCAACUGCGCCAUUACUUUGUGGGUGAUACGGUGUGGUGCGAAUUUUGUUGAUCCCUAAUAACUUAGUCAAUUUUAACCCUUAAUUUGGCAAGUGUGUGGCGAUCAUUGACAAUUAUGUUAUGAAGGAGUCAUAAAUAUACAUGUCCAGUGUAGCGGACAGUACUAAAUAUGCGGUAAAUAAAAAGUUGAAGUAUUUUGUGGACAGAUAUAGUAAAAAAGUAUUUAGUUAUGACAUUUACACAUUUAAUUUAGUACGAAAAUUAAGAAAACAGUUUCUGGCAUUUUUGCCAGUUACAAAACAAAGUCUGACAUUGCAUUUUAACGCAGUGUCAGUAAUGUGUAUAAAUACAAAAUGUAUAAAUACAAAAAAACAUUUUUUCUGGCAAAUAUCUGCAACGUCUUUCAUCCAUAAUUGACGGGAAAUGACAUACAUCAUCAUAUUUUACAGGGCUUGAAGGUCUUGCUGCGUAAGGUUUGUUUAUUUUUGAGUGUUCUCUUACAUUCUUUUGGCACUUCGAUUGGGCAAAAAUAGGUUUUCAUAUACCUGAUGUCUAAAUACCUUUAGGGAAAUUUUACUUCCAAGCCCGCGCUGGACUCGAUAAACAAGCCAAGCAUUAUUCAGGCAAAUAUCAACUAUUUGUACAAAAAUACCUAAGUACUACCUUCUACUUUUGAAAGCUAUUUUGUACAAUGAUAUCAGCAUGUCUGCAAGAUCUAAACCUCCCAUAUGCCUGUUAUAUUGACGUUCUUUGAGGACAUUGCACGUCAACAUUUUUUCGCGAGUCCUUACAAUAUCUUUGAUUUUUUUCGAUGGGGUCCCUAGCUACGCAUGUGCUUAUAAACGUAACAGCCUUAUUAUCGUUCCACCGAACAACAGGUAGGCAGUUAUUAUCGCAUGUCGAUUCUGAAAAUGCACCUCUCUCUUUCUUCUUCAUUUCCUUUUCCUCACCUGCAUCAAUUUCUUGCAAAUAAGUAUAAAUAAAUAUGUAAAUUUAAUAAUUAGGUAAAAUAUCAGUAAUCAUCCCAAUACAUGUUAAGCCCGCAAUAAGUUUAGCAAUGUUCGUUGUGGCGGACAAAUCAAUCAAACACUAAAUAUUUAUGAAAUUGAUUUUGUUCGCUGUGGCGGACAAACAUUGUUUUUAGUAAAAAAAGUCACCAAAACCAUACAAAAUUACAAGAUCUAUAAGUGAUUUAAUAAAUUACAAUAUUACAAAGUUAUUUCAGUAAACAAACGUGCACAUUUAUUAGUAAAACCUUUAUAAAAAAUUAUAAAUACUUUGAGUAAAGCGGAUGGCUUGUGCUUCGUCGACAUUUUGUCUCAAAAUCACAGAUACAAGAUUACCAAAUAAGAAUUUUAUUUUUUUUAUCAUAAUAGAAAUAUAUUUUAAAGUUUUUGUUAGAUAUUUAAGCCGUAUAGAGGUUUUCAUAGACCCACCAGAUUUUAUUUAUUUAAUUGUUCGUUGUAGCGGACUGAGCCAAAUUAAGGGUUAAAAAUAAAUUUGAUUCGAAUUUACGUCCUUGGUCACUGUAAUCCUGACUGGACAUCCGAAACGUGUGAUUCAACCAUCAUAUAUUGUUUUUGCAACUUUAUCGGCUGUAAUUGCUCCUGAAGAUAUUGAAAAGACUUUUUUUUUUGGGUAGGGCGCUGAACCUCCUACGAGGUCCCCGCGCAAAAGGGGCGCGCGGGGUAUGUGAGACUCAACGAUCUGCAUGGUGUUGUGAGCAGACCGCGGGCCCAAGGAUUUUAGGGCCCACCCACUAAAUGACUCCUCUGCACUUUUACACCCGACGUCCGAUCCCCUUCGAGGUCAGAACCCGGAUGAGGUAGGGGGGUUACCGCGGUCAAUACUACAACCAGACGGCACGGCUCACCCCAAGGACGCCCAGCCGACGGAGCCUUCGAGGCGAAUCGAAGGCUCUGAAACGUCGGCCGUCUCGGUACGGCAGCCCAGAUGGUACCGCUGAUGUCCCGGAAUACCCCGCUGGACCAAAACCAGCCUGCCGGAUAGGGGACGCGAUACACCGUCGACCGGUCGCUCUAUUACUCCACGGCAGCGCGCUAGAGUGCGGGUAGCGCGCCGCGCGGCCUCUAACCCCUCAGGUCGCCCCUUGACCUACACCAGGGGAAGGCCGCUACCUACAGGGACGUACGGGCGUAUUCUCGCCUCCGGCCCUCGGCUCGAUGAUAUUGAAAAGACUGCCAUAUUAACGCCUUUCGGUCUUUUUGAAUUUCCUAAAAUGACAUUUGGCUUGCGGAACGCGUCACAAACAUUCCAACGCUUUAUGAAUAACACUGUCCUACAAGGCCUUGAAUUCCUAUUUAGUUAUCUCUAUGACGUCAUCAUUGCUAGCGAGAGUCCUACUCAGCAUAACGAGCAUUUACGAAUAGUUUUUGAAAAAUUCAAAUGUUAUGGCAUAACCAUCAUAUAGAUUUACGUCGUUUUUUGGUCAUAGUUAAUUUUUAUAGGCCGCAUCUACCUAAGAUCUUAUUACAAAAAAUCGUGAUUUUAUAAAUUUUUCUAUUAAAAACGACCGUUAGGUUCAAAGAAUGGCGUGGCCUUCACGUGGCGUGGCUUCAAAGACUGUUUUUGUCAUAAAAUGCAAAUAAUAUUUACUCAAUGUUUAUAAAAUAUAAUGAAUCAAUACUUACGAUUCCAUUAUCUCCCAUAAAUAAAUCCACAAAAUCGUUUAAAUUAUUACAAACUUACAAAUACGUGCGACCCGUCGGAGCUCGAAUUUCACACUGAUUCACACAGCCGCGUUCAGUUAUUUUGUCGAAAAUAAUGUGUGAGAGAGAAGGUCCAUUCAUUAGGUACAAUUUUAAAUGUGUUAGAAAGAAUAAAACAUAAUGUUAUAACUAUCUGUUAAAAGUUCACAUUUCGGACUACUGCAUCCGGAAUCCGAAGGCUCAACAGACGAGCACAAAUCGUGUUCCAUCCGGAAUCCGGAUGACCAACAGACGAGAGGACCCAUCAGGUGACGCUGCUAUAAUGGGAUAGUUAUUACAAAGCAUUGACGCACAUUUUUUUAUUUAUUUUUCCAGUAUGCUCCUCACUGUUUGCCUUACUUCAUUCUCCAAUAUUUUACCGCGCUUCAUGGUCCAUGUAUCUAGAAUUUUCCCUCUCAUUAUCAAUGAAAUCAAAGUGCCAUCAGUGGUUAACUUUGCAGAUAGCAUUAGCUAACACGACAUUUAAAAAAAAAAUAAAAAAAAAAUUCAUUCUAUUUCUGUACCAUGCAUAUGUUUAUGCAUUCAUAAUCUUUCUAAUGUAUCAGGAAAAUAGUCUGCUUGAUACUUAAGUACCUCACAGUCACUAAGUUUACGUUUCUUCCCCUCUUCUAUUAAUUUUUGUAAACACACCACUAUUUGAUGGCUAGCUUGGUUUGCCAUUAGAUAAUUGUUUGGAAGUUAUAUAUUUUAAUGUGGUACCAACUCCUGACAGCUUUGAUUUUCUCCAGUAGGAAGGCUCCUCACUUCGGCGAUGGACCCACAUGAGAAAAGCUACAGCAUUUUUAUAUCUCUCUAGACUUUCUGAGUAGCGUGUCAAAUUUAUCAAUUUCCUCUCUUCUCAAACACGUAUUUUACUAUGUAUCGCGUAUUUUAAUAUGUAGUAGUCCGUACACCAUGUCCAUCUGUACUUUGGUUGUCAGAUCGUCCUUUGGUAGACGUGAUAGUAGCGCUCGAGUUUUAGAGAUGAAGAGUUCUGUUUUCUCACUUGCUUGUUGUGGGUUGGCGAACAGCUCCUUGUAUAUACGAUGUGAAGAUCGGCUAUCACUAAACGCAUGUGUUCAUGGUGGUCAUAACUUCUUGCCACCAUGUCGCGGCUUUAUGAGUUAACAACAUUGACAGCCCACGCAGUGCAUUAGUUUCGCUUACAUUAGCAUAUUCUUUGUAGGCCUCUACGGCGUCUAUAAAUCCGUCAAGUGAUUCGUCUGACGCUCCGCUGUAGCGAGCCUUGCACGAGGCGAAGUUUCUAUGUGCAGGUUGAGCGGGCGGGGGCGAUAACCUUUCUUCUUGGUUGCGUUGCCACGUGGACAUCAUGGCGACCAUGUCGUUGACAGAGAUGUUUCCUGUUGCAGUCGGCGGCGGGGAAAAAUCGUCCUCUGCCGGGUCGAAAUACUCAGAUUGUCGACGAGACUGACGACGUGUGCGCGGUUUUGUCAUUGUUUACGAUAGUCACUUCUCAUUAAGUUCGAUUCACAAAAAGUUCACAUGUGGUUUAUUCCAAAGCCACUAGUUGGGCGUCCAUUUUAAUGUUCAUGAGUGUUUCGUGAGUUUCUUUGGAAUAAAACGUCGAAUAAUCGUUCGAGAAGUUUAUUGUUAACCUUAAGACAAACAUUUUUAAUCAACUUUUUACCACCCAUCUACGCAUUAUAAAAAGAAUAUAUAUAUUUGCGAUACUUAACUACCGUCAUCAUGCCUAUUCUAUAAUAGCUUUGACUUUAUCUGGCAAUGGGCUUUAUACCUUUGGGAGUAAUUUCGUAUCCCAAGAACUCCCAUUUUGAUUUUCCAAACCUAUAUUUCGAUUUUUUUUAUUGCCCCUGUAGGCAGACGAGCAUACGGCCCACCUGAUGGUGAGUGGCUACCGUCGCCCAUGGACUUCAGUAAUGCCAGGGGCAGAGCCAAGACGCUGCCUACCGCUUAAUACUCUCCACAAGCCUCGUUUGAAGGACAUUUCAUAGCGAUAUGUUAAUCGUUAUACCGAAUUUAUUUAACCUCUCGAAAAUUGCUUAUAAAUGUCGUUUAUGAAUUCCCGCUGUUUCGCUACCACAAUAAUGUCAUCAACAUAACAAAAAAAAAUUGAGUUCAUAUUUUCAACCUCAACCUUAAAGGGGAAUGCCCACUCUCCAUAGUGUGCUGGGCCCAAGAUGGACAUCAAAUAUUACUAUAAAAAUAGACUGUUCAAAUUCUUAAAUGUAUAGGAUAUCUAAAAUAUAUAUUGAAAUUGACGCCACUAUUAUAAUAAAAAAGAAUAAAAAUAAAAAUUCGUUUUGAGGAUAAUAGAAAAUAUAUCGACGAUAACCUCGAGGGAGGUUCAGACUUCAGUGAGAUUAUUGUUACCGGGUGAACCCGCCAAGCACGCGGUCAGUAAAGGAACCAAAGCCGUCACGAAAUACACGAGCUCCAAGUAACUUUCUUCAUAACUUCGGUAAUUAUUCCAAACUCACAAAACUGAUGCACGACCGUACGUACGCUGUUCGUAUGCGUGUUUCGGUUGCAUUUACGUCGACAAAAGGCCCUUUUCAGGGCCGCAAAAUCUAUCAGUAAAAUUAUUAUUAUUAUUGUUAUUUUUCUAGAUUUCCCCUUUCUCAGCCCAGCUAGCUAUGAGUUAUUAGGCUAGUUUUUAUUACGUGUAGUAUUCUUCAAGCUGCAGGAACUUUCUCACUAUUCUGCAUCUAUUUAUGUAUAGCUGCUUUUUGUAGUGAAAUAAAUAUGUUAUCUUUUAAAUCUAGAAGCUUUAAGCUGCUGUGGAUGUGGUUUGGGACAACUCCAGUGGUUGAGAUUAUUAUUGGGGCUAUGUAAACUUUUUUCUGUUUCCAAAUUCUAACUAUUUCUUCUUUAAGCUCUGUGUAUUUUGUCAUUUUUUCUGUAAAAGUUUUUUGAAUGUUGUGGGUAUUCGGGACUGCAAUGUCAAUGAUGUAGGUGACUUUAUUGUUUUUCUCUUGUAAAGUGAUAUCCGGUCUAUUGUAGUGAAUCGUCCUAUCGGUGAGAAUAGCGCGAUCAUAGUAAAGUUUGCAGGAGUCAUUCUCAAGAACAGUUUGUGGUUUAUAAUUGUAGUACGGUGUGUUGGUAUUUUGUAUCAAUUUAUGUUUGAGAGCCAGUUGUUGAUGGAUAAUAUUAGCAAGUUGGUUGUGUCUAUGAGUGUAAUCUGUCUGUGUAAGGGUUGAACAUGCUCCAGUUAUAUGCUGUAUGGUUUCUGGCUGGGUGUUGCAUUUGCGGCAUUUAUCGUCUCUAAUAGUGGGAUCUUUAAUAAUAUAUUUUCUGUAAUUUUUUGUGUUUAUUACUUGGUCCUGUAUUGCAAUUAAAAAUCCUUCCGUUUCGGGGAACAGACUUCCUGUUUUGAGCCACAUGUUUGAUGCUUUACUGUCUAUGUGAGAUUGGCUUAGGUCAUGAGGGUGUCGUCCAUGCAGCACUUUUUUCUUCCAGUUUUCUUCCACGUCUUUUUGCGGAUUUCUAUUUCUUAGGUUUUCUCUAUUAUCUAUUAGUUCUUUUUGUCUGAGAUUUAGCGGUGUGUAGUUGUUAUCAUUUUGUACUAUGGCUCUGUGAAUUUCACUUAAAUCUGAUUUUAUGUAGAAAAAUGUUUUUAAGCUGUGUAUUUGUUUACGCCAUAGAUGCCAGAUAUCUAACAACCCUCUACCCCCGUCUUGUCUUUUAAUUGUCAAUCUUUCUAUUGCAGAUUUUGGAUGAAGAUUAUUGUGUUUUGUUAAUGUAGUCCUUGUUAUGCGUUCUAUUUGUUCUAUGUCAGUUUUGCUCCAUUUUAUUAUUCCAAACGAGUAGGUUAGGAUGGGUAUUGCAUAAGUGUUCAGUGCUUUUAUAAGAUGUUUUCCAGAUAAUUUCGUUUUGCAAAUGGCAUUGAUACGUUUUUUGUACUCUGAAGAUAAUGAUUGUUUUAUUGUUGUAUGAUCGAGUCCUUUGAGCUGUUGAAAGCCCAGAUAUUUAUAAAGGUCACUUGGUUGCAUCGCCGUUAUUGUGUUUGUGUCAUCUAUUGUAUAGUCACCGGGUUGGAUUUUUCCUUUUAUUAUAUGUACAGUUUUACAUUUGUCAAGUCCAAAUUGCAUAUUGAUGUCAUUGCUGAAUAUCGUGGUAUUAUCUACUAACUUUUUCAUUUCUUUGUCAUUUUUAGCGUACAAUUUAAUGUCGUCCGUAUAAAUCAGGUGUGAUAUUAUUGUUUCGGUGUUGUCUUGUUGUUUAAUGCGGUAUCCCGCCCGGUCAUUAUGCAAUUGAUGGGAUAGUGGGUUCAAGGCGAGGCAGAACCACAAAGGGCUGAGAGAAUCACCUUGGUAAAUACCCUUUUUUAUGGCUAUUUGUCGUGUUGUUACAAAAUUAUGAGGGUUAUUUAAUUUAAGUGUGGUUUGCCAAUGCGUCAUGAUAUUGCGUAAGAAGCUUAUUAUUAUAGGGUUAAUUUUGUAGAUUUCUAGGAUUUGGAUCAGCCAUGAAUGUGGGAUGCUGUCGAAAGCUUUUUUGUAGUCAAUAUAUGAACAGUGUAAAUUUCUAUUUUUUGUGGUGGCGUGUUUCAUGAUGGUUGAGUCUAUAAUUAGCUGUUCCUUGUUAUUAUUAUUAUUAUUAUUAAUAUUAAUAUUAAUAUACGAUCUAUUUAUAAGAAUUAAAUAAAUUACAUAUUGUUGUUGUUAUUUUAAUAUACCUCAAAUACCAAUAUACCUAUCAUGCAUCACACACCGAUUUUUAGAAUAAUCAUAAUAUUAGUUGUAGCAGUAGUAUUCUAAUAACCAAAAAUGAAUGUAAUGUGUGAUGUAUAAAAAGUAAAAUUAUUUAAUUAUUAUUAAAUAAAUAAACAAUAUACCUAUGUAUAAGAAAUAGAUUAUAUAUUUAAUAAUAAUAAAAACCCAUUAAAUUAUGAAUAUAUUCGUCUCGCCCUAUUGUAUGGCGUUGCGUGGUCGCACGCAAAACGAGCCCGUUCGAUUCGUGACUUCAAAAAAGUAUAAAUAAGAGUGGGUAGUGAAGCCGACAUCCAUUCCGGUUUCACUAGUGCUCAGAGGAACAUUAUCAUAGUUGUGCUGUGCGAAAUAGUGAUCCCAGUGCCAGUGUAAUUGUUCCUGUUCGCAGCCCCGGUGCGGAGACAUGCCGGCUAGCAAGAACAAGGACCCGGGAGUAGGUAAGUCGAUCGACACUUUUUUCCUCAAGCACCAGUUUAAUACGGGUAGGUGUCGACCAGCCUGUGAAAGCUGCGUCGCCGUUUUAUUCGUAUAUAAAUCCGGCGAACGUUAGCGCCACUGAGUCUGGCCUCCCUGUGUCACUCCCAGCCCUCUCCUACCCUCCGGCGGUACCCCUCAGGCGGGGCGGUCGCUAAGCCCGGUUAAUUUGGUCUAGCCAUAGGGUCGAUGGCACUGGAACCCCUACAGCACCAGUAAAAUUAAAUACAGUAUAAUUUAGAAUAACUAGACUAGUUUCUUUAUUAUUUCAAACAUAUAAAAGUAGUAUUGUCUAACGAGUGGCGCUGCUGCAGUUAAUUUUAGUUUUAGUUAAAAAAUCCUUUGUUUUUUCUUUCACAACUACCUACACUUAGUAAGUGUUCUUGGUAGCAUUUAACUUUACGUAAAAUCGGAUUUUGGUUUACUGGCAGACUUUAAUAAGUGGUCAUCUACUAGAUUUAGUCAAUUUUAAUUAGUUCUUUGUUAAUAGUAGUUUAGUGGGGUGCUGGUAGGGUGUUCCCGCUAUCCCCUUUGUUACAGGUCUUUCAAGUAAUAUUUAAUUAGGUUAAUUAGGUUAUAAAUAAAUAAAUAAAUAUAUAUAUACAGUCAAACCUAGUUAAGUGAGAACUGGAUAAGUGAGAAAACUCUAUAAGUGAGAGUAAUAACCAGGACCCGUCAUUUUAAGCUCCUAAAACCUCUAUUAGAGAGAAACAGAAACCUCUGUCAGAGAGAGUCGUUUUUCCCUCAUGGACCUCCGUAAGUGAGACUGCUACUUAUCUAUACCUCUAUAAGCGACAGUCGAGCUUUAUUUAUUUAUAUUAUUUAGGAGGAACGAGUGAAAAAACAAAUUACAAAUUUAACAUCUGCUAUUUUAUGACUCAUUCUUAACUUUUGUGGAACUUCCUACCAUUGUUUUUGAAUUGUUUUCUCGUCAAUAUUGAACCUAUUCUAUUUCGUGGAACUAAAUAACGUAGUUAUUUUAUCGCAUUCUUUUCGAAUGGACACGUGUGCCUGUGUACCGUCCUGUUUGUCGAACUUACUCAGUUUAUCGUUAAUCAGUUGCGAAGAAAAGUUCUGUUCUGCAUCAUGUCAAAACGGAAAAUUAAAGUACUGUCAUUAAGUGAUAAACUUAAAAUAGUGAAUGCGUUUGAAUCCGGAAAAUCCCGAAAUGAAAUUCAGAGGGAGCAUUAGCGAGAAACUCGGGUUAGUGAGAAACCUCUAUAAGCGAGAAUGAGAUUGUGCUCCCUUGAACUCUCGCUUAUCCAGGUUUGACUGUAUAUAUAAUAUACUAUGUAAAGGGUAAUUCUAUUCGAUUAUACAUAAUAGUACCUAUAUAUUAUUAUUUUUUCAUCAAUUUGUUUCAUUAUUUAUUAUUUUUAGUAUUGCUUUAACACACACACACAAUUUCACACGUGCUUUCUAUUCAUACUAUUCUAUUCUAUUUUCUAUUCGUUUCGUUUCGUUUCAUACUGCUACUAUCCUUUCAACAGUAACAUUGUCAAAAUGACAUUGACACCAACUGUUGCACCGGAAUUCGGUGAAUUAACAGCCCGAGUAAAACCGAGAUCUAGAUCUAGAAAAACCUGAUUUUCUCUAAAUCUAAUAUGAAUUUUGUAGAAUUCCAAUUGGAUUUAUCAAGAAGAUAGAUUUCUUUAUGUAAUGUCUAAUGCUACACCUAACAGUUCUAAUAAAAAUAAUACGGGGUAGUCAAAUUUAACUUUCACUUUUCGAUAAUAAAAAAAAAAAACGCUUGCUGGAUGUAAGGCCUAGGCCGCACUACGGUUUUUUCCCGGGAGCGGUUAACCGCUAUAACCGCGAAACCGCUUGAGACGUACACACUACGAUUAUAAACCGCGAAACCGCCCGUGAUUUUCACAGUUUGAAGAUGGAUUUCAAAAGAGCAGUAUGUAUUGUUGCUCUAGUACUAAGAAAUAGAAAAAAAAGACGUCAACGAAAAUUUCGCAAAUAUUGGAUACAUCCACUCACUAGCCGUAGAUUUGAGAAAGGUUUCUUUCAGAAAAAGUAUAAUAUUUUAAGAGAACAUCCAGAGAAAUUUUUCAAUUACUUUCGAAUGUCAGUAGCCAGCUUCGAUAAAAUUUUGCACAACGUGCGUCCAUACAUCACCUUCAUGGAUACAAAAUUUCGCAAAUGUAUUUCAACAGAGGAGCGUCUGUCUGUGACUUUGAGGUAUCUUGCCAGUGGUAAUAGUAUGAAGUCCUUGUAUUUUGAAUAUUUGAUCGGCACAACAACUUUGAGUGAAAUAAUUGAACACACAUGCAAGAGUUUGUGGAUAUGUUUGCAACCUACAUAUAUGCCUGAAAAAACAGAAGAGGAUUGGAUAAAUAUAGCAAAUUUUUAUUUUGAAAGAACACAUUUUCCUAAUUGUCUUGGUUCCAUAGAUGGAAAACAUAUACGAAUAGAAAGGCCAGAAAAUACUGGUUCAGAAGCCUUCAAUUACAAAAAGUAUUAUUCUUUAAUAUUAUUAGCUAUAGCUGAUGCAGACUAUUGCUUUACUGCUAUAGAUGUUGGGGCAUAUGGAUCGAAUAGCGACUCUAGCGUUUUUAAAAACUCAAAUUUUGGCAAAAGGUUUUUGAACAACCAAAUGCAUUUACCAGAAUCUGCAACAUUACCUGAUUAUGAGGAAGUCGGACCUUUACCGUUUGUUUUCGUAGGCGAUGAAGCUUUUCCACUUAUGGAGCACUUAAUGAGGCCAUAUCCAAAUAGAAAUUUAUCCAUAAAACAAAGAGUUUAUAACUAUAGAUUAUCUUAUGCCAGAAGGACUGUCGAAUGUGCAUUUGGGAUCAUGGCAAAUAAAUGGCGUAUUUUACAUAGACCAUUAGAUGUGAAAUUAGAUUUUUGCGACCAUAUUAUAACAAAACUAAAGUAGCUUUCGUUAUAAGGGUUCGACUUUUUUAAUUUGAAUUCUUUGUAAUAAAUAAAUACUCUUUAAAAACUUACCCU